AAACCACGGCCGAUGCAUGAAUGGGAAGUUGUCACCUUUAUCUCACGAUUCAAAGAAUGCAUCAAAGUCGUCAGUGUCUCGUUCUGGCUCUUGUGAUAGUCUGUCCUCAAACAAGAUACCUAUGGAUCAACCUGUCACCACCACUCUGGUAUGUGACACACGUGAAUCUCUAGAAGUUUCUAGAAGAUCUCAGACACCUAUGUCUUACUCUGAGGCACUUCAAAAGGAUUUGACACAAUGUUCAUCACAAAAACGUCAGUCUCAGUCUCUUUGUUCGGAUAAGCAGAUGUCCACAGCUUCUACGCCGCUUCAGCAGACAAAUCCGAGUAACGCUUUUCCUACUAGUUAUGGAACGGCUCUGGAUUACUCAGGUCACUCGCCCAGCAGGAGUGUACUUGUUGCGGAGACAGUGGAAUCAAUGAGGAAUGCAUCUCUAAGAGCACGCAGAAUUGUCAGCAUGAACGACAGGGAGCUAGGUAGCUCAAAGAGCCCGGUUCAAGUAGAGGAAGCUCCUCCAGUCAUUUCAGCAGAGACUGGAACUGCAUAUCAGUCUGUCACACAACAAGAAGUCGUUCUUCAUGAAGCUUCUCAAGAUCAAUCUAGUGAUGCCAUUGACCUGCCAGCUAUCCCUCAGUACAGAGUGUUACUGCCUCCUAAUUUCAACUGGGGUGGUGUACCUGGAGCAGAUAUAAAAGAUCAGAUAGACCAAGCAUAUCGUGAAGUCGUUCAUUGGAAACGGAAUUUAUUUCAAGUGCCUUACGGAUCCUCUGGUGGACACUUCGUUUCUGAACUUACAAGGCUAUUUUAUGCAUUUGCAAAUGAAUCUGAUCUCGAGUCAGUCGCAAUAACUGCUGCUAUGCUCAUGCCUCAUCUGUUGCUCCAAAGACCUCACACUAGAUCCAGUGUACAACAGAACUCCUCUUGUUUAAGUCGUCGAUUGGAAACCUGGAAAAAGGGUGACAUAGGAGGUUUGAUUGCAGAAGGCAGAACGAUCCAGUCUCAUCUUCGAUGGCACAGUACUCGGAAUUGUCCUCAGGAUAGAGAGUGUGAUCAAUCAAGAAAAGUUGCACUUUUGUUGCAAAAGGGAAAUAUCAAUGCUGCCCAGCGACUCCUAUCAGAUGAGGACAACUGUGGUUUGCUAGAACUAGACGAAUGUAUUCCUGGCUCUCACAAGUCAGUUAGAGAUGUUCUGAAAGACAAACACCCUGACCCAGCUCCUAUGUUUAAGGAAGCUGUCCUGGACUCCAAAUCUCAGGCACCUCCUACACAUCCCAUUCUCUUCGACAAGAUUGAUGGCUAUCUAAUUCGUGCCAUGUCACUUAAAUGCCAGGGUGCUGCAGGUCCAUCAGGCUUAGAUGCGGCUGCAUGGAGGCGUUUGUGCACUGGAUUCAAAGUCUUGUCUAGAAAUCUCUGUGACUCAAUAGCUUCAACAACUCGCAGGAUUGCAACGCAGUUUAUCGACCCGAGUGGGAUUUCGGCUCUGGUUGCUUGCCGGCUAAUACCCCUGGACAAGAGACCUGGUGUCAGACCAAUUGGAGUUUGUGAAACACUUCGUAGAAUAAUUAGCAAGGCUGUCCUGAGUGUGGUAAAGUCAGAUAUUUUGAACGUAGCCGGACCCCUACAACUCUGUGCUGGUCAGAACGUCGGAUGCGAGGCUGCCAUACACGCUAUUCGAGGUAUUUAUGAUGAAGAUGAAACAGAGGCCGUGCUAUUUGUAGACGCAACCAAUGCUUUCAAUACUUUGAACCGUCAAGUUGCUCUGGCUAACAUAUCUGUCAACUGCCCAGCCAUCUUUCCAAUCUUGGCCAACACGUAUCGACAACCUUCUUCAUUGUUUGUAGGUGGAGAAACGUUGCUUUCUAGUGAAGGAACAACUCAAGGAGAUCCCUUAGCGAUGCCAAUGUAUGCUCUGGCCACAAUUCCACUUCUAAAGAGUGUGCAGACGAAUGGUACAAAGCAGGUAUGGUAUGCAGAUGAUGCAGCUGCUGGAGGCUCGCUAGACUGUCUACAUAAAUGGUGGAACAGGUUGGUUGACUUAGGUGCUAUGUUUGGGUAUCUUCCAAAUCCCAAAAAGUCAUGGUUGCUAGUGAAAUCAGGAAAUAUUGACAAAGCUACACAUCUCUUUGAAAAUACCAAUAUCAACAUUACUACAGAAGGACAAAAGUACCUUGGAGCUGCUAUUGGAAACAAAGAUUUCUGCAAUAACUUCCUGCAAGAAAAGGUGACCAAUUGGAAGUUACAAGUAGAGCGACUCAGUUGCAUUGCCCAAACUCAACCACAAGCUGCUCACUCGAUAUUCACACGGGGUCUGAUUGGACGCUGGAAAUUUGCACUCAGAACCAAUGAAAACUUUGCAGAGUACCUUAAUCCUCUGGAGGAGGCGUUACGAUCCAAACUGAUUCCCGCCAUAACCAAUAGAAGUACUCCAGGAGACAAGAUGAGAAGGCUUUUUGCAUUACCACCUCGACUAGGCGGCCUUGGAAUUGUAGAUCCACGUUCGUUGACUUGUGAGCUGGAAUACUCAAAGUUAAUUUGUGCGCCACUGGUCAACCGAAUUGUGCAACAAGAAACAAACCUGGAUAACGUUCCUACCAAGCAGAAUUCUAUGAAAGCUAGCAUUCGCCAGCAAAAACAUCUAGCACAAAAGUCUCAUUCUGAAAUCACUGUCAAUGAUCUAUCUGUGGAAUUGAAACGUUCAGUUGAAUUGGCCUGUGAGAAGGGUGCCUCCUGCUGGCUGACCGCAAUCCCACUAGAGCAACACGGAUUCACUUUGCACAAAUCUGAGUUUCGGGAUGCCCUGUGCCUCAGAUACGGUUGGCACCCGUCCAACCUCCAGACAUGUCCAUGUGGAUCUAAAUUCUCAGUAGAUCACUCUCUGUCAUGUCCAACAGGAGGAUACCCCAGCAUCCGCCAUAACGAGGUCCGCGAUUUAUUUACCAACUUGUUGACAGAGGUUUGCCACGAUGUACACAAAGAGCCCGUUCUGCAACCUCUCAACGGCGAGGUGUUUCAAAAACGCUGUACUACCUCUGACGAAAAUGCCAGACUUGAUAUUGCUGUCAGUGGAUUUUGGGGUGGGCACUUCCAACGAACUUUCUUUGACGUCAGGGUCUUCAACCCUAAUGCCUCAUCCUACAAAUCAGUGCAGAUCCCGUCAUUAUAUAAACGGCAGGAACAAGAGAAGAAAAGGCGAUACGAGGAACGAAUUAAUAACGUGGAGCUUUCAUCGUUCACGCCAAUCAUUUUAGCAUGCACUGGAGGAUGCAGUAAACUGACGUCUAUUUUUUUGAAAAGACUAGCCUCACUUUUAUCGGAAAAGCACCACACCGAGUACAGCACAACUAUCAACUGGCUGAGAUGUCGACUGUCAUUUGCACUCCUUCGGGCCUGCGUGAUGUGUUUGCGAGGAUGCAGGUCCAAGCUUCACAGAACCUCAAGGGACUUCAACAUUCUGCUGGAAGCAGCAGAAAGUAGAUUAUAGAAGACUGUUUAUCUCAAAGUUGUUACAACCUAGAAACUUGUUGCUACAGAGGAAGCUUUUACAUACAGUAGUAGUAUUUUGAAAAAAGUAGUAGAGAUUUUAUUAUUAUUAGUAGUAGUAGU